GCCAACCGAGCAGAUAAGAGAACUGGCUUGGCUGGCUGCUGCCUGUAACACAUAUUUUAUCAGAAACAAGAGGUCUUGGGUUUGUGUUACAGGCCGAAAAACAACGACGUCGCACCCCAGGAGCUACCGAGAGGACGGUAGCAUGAUAGUUGUGGAGGGGAAACGGCAGGAAGAGGGCCCGUAUCUGCAUUUUACUUCGCCUAAACCGAAUUCAUUGAGUCGGUAGGCUAACCAGCGUCCGACAUGGGGAAGGAGGUAAAUGGUGUUUCACGGAGCCGGUUUGAGAUGUUCACAAACAGUGACGAGGCGGUCAUCAAUAAGAAGCUGCCUAAGGAGCUGUUGCUACGAAUCUUCUCCUUUCUGGAUGUGGUGACACUCUGUCGCUGUGCCCAGGUCUCUCGGUCCUGGAAUGUUCUGGCCUUGGAUGGCAGCAACUGGCAACGAAUUGACCUCUUUGACUUUCAGAGGGACAUUGAGGGCCGGGUGGUGGAGAACAUCUCAAAGCGAUGUGGGGGGUUCCUUAGGAAGCUGAGUCUGCGAGGUUGCUUGGGUGUGGGUGACAGCGCCCUGAAGACAUUCUCGCAGAACUGCAGGAACAUCGAGCUGCUUAGUCUGAAUGGCUGCACCAAGAUCACUGACAGCACGUGUAAUAGCCUCAGUAAGUUCUGUCCAAAGCUGAAGCACCUGGACCUCGCCUCCUGUACCUCAAUCACCAACCUGUCACUCAAAGCUCUCAGUGAGGGUUGUCCCCUGCUGGAGCAGCUCAACAUCUCCUGGUGUGACCAGGUCACCAAGGAUGGCAUCCAGGCCCUGGUGCGGUCCUGCCCUGGACUCAAAGGCCUUUUCCUCAAGGGUUGCACACAGUUAGAGGACGAGGCUCUGAAGCAUAUCGGGGCUCACUGUCCAGAGCUGGUCACACUCAACUUGCAGACAUGCUCACAGAUCACAGAUGAGGGCCUCAUCACAAUUUGCCGGGGUUGCCACCGCCUGCAGUCUCUGUGUGUGUCGGGCUGUGCCAAUAUCACAGAUGCUAUCCUGCAUGCCCUGGGACAGAACUGCCCUCGCCUCAGAAUAUUAGAAGUGGCUCGUUGCUCUCAGCUUACAGACGUGGGCUUUACCACAUUAGCAAGGAAUUGUCAUGAGCUUGAGAAAAUGGAUUUAGAAGAAUGUGUGCAGAUCACAGAUGGAACACUUAUCCAGCUGUCUAUACACUGCCCUCGUUUGCAAGUCCUGAGUCUGUCUCACUGUGAGCUGAUCACUGAUGAUGGUAUCAGACACCUCGGCAGCGGCCCCUGUGCUCACGACCGUCUGGAGGUGAUUGAGCUGGACAACUGUCCCCUGAUCACAGACGCCUCACUGGAGCACCUGAAGAGCUGCCAUAGCUUGGAUCGCAUUGAGCUCUAUGACUGCCAGCAGAUCACCCGCGCCGGCAUCAAGAGACUAAGGACCCAUCUGCCUAACAUCAAAGUGCAUGCAUACUUUGCUCCUGUCACUCCGCCCCCCUCCGUCGGGGGUAGCCGUCAGAGGUUUUGCCGCUGCUGUGUCCUGCUAUGAUGUAAAGACAACACCCCCCCUUUCCUCUCCCCGUGUCCCUCGUACACAAUCCUCGCAGCCCGUCACUUGACCCCCUGACCUGCUGUCCCCUACCAGCCCCCUGUCAUAGAGUACAUGCUGGUGUCCCCCCCCCCCUUUGGAGCUGCAGAGAGAGGGAGAGAGCCAAAUAAUGCUACAGGGUCUCGGGUAACUUUCCCAAAAAACAUUUCCGAACCUCUCCACCACACACAUACAGUACAUACACAACAGGCUUUUACACAAGCUGAUGUGCAUACACACUUACAUACACAAAUUAACUCUUCGAAGAAUGUCAGAACAUUCCUGGUCUGUGUUCAAUAGACAAACCAGUAUUACAAAAGAGGGUUAUGUAAAAAUCAAAUGUGAUCACCACUGUUAAGGGAUUUAAUGCUUCAUCAAAAGAAGUAGAAAAUAAUUCUUUAAAGAAUUACAUGACAAGAUCUUCACAUCAAAAACCAUCGUUCUGUAUUUGAGUGGAGUUAUACUCUUUACUUAAUUAGCACUUUGAGACCAAUGACAGUUAUAGCCUCUAAACAGAAUAUUGAAGCGGUCUAAAAAUCCCUCUUAACCUCUCACACAUACUUCCCUCUGUGUGGUCACUUAACAGCUACCUCUAGACGGGAACUGCACUUGAGUAAGACCUGUGUUAGCUUUGUUCUGCAGGCUGUUUAUUUCAAAAAGGGGUAGCGAUGCAGCCAGUAAACUGCAGACACCCCCAACUCACACAUAGAAAGCAGCAGAAAGCCUAUUUUGUGAAUUUUUUUAAUUUAUUUUUUUUAAAACAUACUUGCAGCUAUUUGCACUUACAGUAAAGCAAUGAUGAAACACUUUACAAGGACUGCCAUCUCAGAAUUUAAGACAUUUUAAGGCAUUUUACUAACAACACAGAUACAAAUUUUCACUUACAUGCAUACACUGAGCUUGCUACACCUGUACCCCCACCUCUCUCUGUCUCUCUAUUACAAUCAGAAGCUUCAAUAUACUGAUUUAAAAAAAAGACAGUUUAAUAUUUUUCUAAAAAUGGACACCAAUUAAGACUCAUGAAUGGGGACUCGAGAAGAUGCCAAAUGUUGCAUGUAACACCUCUAGUUUUUUAAAAUCUAAAUGUAAAUAUAUGAGAACUAAGGAGUCCGAGAGUCGAAGCCGAACAGAAGACGAUAUGCGAUGGGGCAGAGAUUGUUGUCUACGGGUCUUUCUGAGAGAACUAUGGUGUAGCUCACACAUGCUUGUUUAAUUACAGAUGUGUGUACAUAUGUGCUGGAGCUUUGGACAGUCAAAAUGAGCCGGUACUUAACCUGGAGUUUGACGGAAGAACUGGCCUGUGAAAGCUCAUGUCAGCAACAGGAAAGUUAUAAAGACACUCAUUUGACAGAAGGAAAAAAAAAAAGUCUGACAUCGCUACAUGAAGUCAUGCUGUCAGCCAAGGACAAUGGAAAGAAAAAGCCAACUGAAAACAAUCAAAGUAAAUUUUUCAGUUAGUUUGAUUUCAUUUAGUUGCUCUUGUUUUCGCAUCGGUGACUGUUCUGAUGAUAAGGAACUGGUGAACCACACGAAGCGGUGAGAGGACGUGGCCGACAUCGGAUUGGCAUCGCCGACUUCUCAACUCCUUUGCUUUGCAGGGGACAGAGUAACAGUGUGUUACACCCUGCCACCUGUGACCUCCUGCGUCUGUCUGGGACCUGUGAUGCUGCCAGAGGUAAAGACAGGAUCAGACCGGUGGAGUCACUGCAAGAGGAACUCAACUGAAUCUUGAGUGCACAAUUCUGGCCUGCUGACAGAUAUGAUGGAAUAAUUUUUGUCACAACGGAGGGCUAUAAUGGACUCCAGCCCCCGCCCUAUGAAGUAUUGAAGCCUUUUUCUUAUGGAUUAUUUUCUCCUGCACUUGCACCUGCUUUAUUCUUUGUCUCUUUUUCUUCCCAUUUCAUUUUAUAAAUGUGUCUUUUACUGCUUUUCUUUCUAAUUUCCUCUGGAUCUCUACCUUUUCUCUCCUUUUGCAUUUCUGUUUUGGUGUGGUUUGGAUUGCGCCUGCUUUGUGUUUGAAGUCAUGAGUUCAGUGUCUCCAAGCUGAGUUUGAGUCCUCUUCCAGUCCUCAGUUUUGAUCUGAUGGUGUUUUGUGUUUUUUUAAGAGUUUAUUGUUACUAAAUGUCCAGUGUAGCCUUUGUCCAGGGGAAGUGUUGGUGCCAGUGCAAUUGUAAUAAAUGUUCAAAUUUGAGUUGUUUUUUUUUUGUUUUUUUUAAAUGUGAGUUGAGGAGGAGUUCAUGAUGACAUGUAUGUUGUAGGUUCUACUUAUUGAAUGUUUCCAUCAAGGAGAAGUCCUCGGGAUGGCUGUUCAGGCAUUGUGUGCCACUUUAGCAGAAUCAAAUUUUUCUCCCAUAAGAGUGCGUCUCUCUGCUUAAGUUUUAUGCCUUGCUUUUCCAAAUACCCCUCCCAUAAUGCACCUUUCCCAAAUACAUCAAACAAAACAGAAAUUGCUAUACCCAGUGUGGAAUGUUGAUCACCUUCAAAAGUCCCCCGUUCUGGUUUAAGAUGUAUGCCAACAGGCAAAAUACAGAAUGAUGAUUCUGUUCAGUUUGUGAUUUGACAGCUAUGGCAGGCAGGAUAAUACAAGAUGAGAUCAAUCCAGUGUGAUCCAGUCUGAUCUGUUUUGUUUGAAUGGGGCUUUACAGGGGAUUAGGAAACAACUAAAAGUCAAAAUGGUGGCGAUAUCUAAUGUACUCUGUCACUGUGCUCCAGGAUUAAGACAGUUCACUGGAGGAAAAAGGAAAAGUUGUUGGAUUUAGACUGAAUCUGGUUGUUACACCUGCUUGCCCUCUUCAUGCACUGUAUGUGGCAUGGGCUGAGCCAUCAGUGCAGCUAACAUGUGCUUUUAAGGCAAACACUUUGAAUGGAUUACAGGUAAUAUUACUCAACCCGCUCCUGAUGGUUUUAUAUGUACAAAAGAGAUAAACUGUCAGCAGUCUUUUCAUGGUACAACAUACACUACAGGCUCUACAAAGCAAAACACCUUAUUUUUCCUCACAGUAUCAAACACCUCUGUCCUUCUGUCAGACCUUCCACCAGUUUACACUGAAGUUGAGCUACUACGCUCUGGAUCAGUUUGUUUCAUGCAUGUUUGGCCCCUAACACUGGAGUGAGGUUGAGGAUAAGGACAGAGGGAAAGAGGUGAAUCAACAGUGUGUGUGUGUUCAAGGUAGAUUGACACCUGAGAAAUUUCAAAAACAAUUUUGACAAUGACUGUAGUUCAUGUAAUUACUGUAAAUCUUUUCCUUUUUUUUUUUUUUUUUUUUUUUUUUUUUUUUUACAAUUAA